AUGGUUACAAUCCAAAUACUUUCCGAUCUUCACUUGGAGGCUUAUGAUACUUACGAGGUCUUCGAGAUCACUCCUCAUGCGCCAUAUCUCGCUUUGCUAGGUGAUAUUAGUUGUGCCAAGAAGCAUGAAGAACACUUUCUCGCGUUUUUGAGAAGACAGCUCGCCAAUUUUCGCGUCGUAUUCUUCCUGUUGGUACUCCAGGGGCGAGAAAUGCAGUCUUAUAUUGGUGAAUUUAUCUUUCUUAACAAGAGAAGAUAUGACAUCAACGAUAAUGGAACGAAUCUGACAAUUUUGGAUGAUGUCAGCUUUGGCUUAAACGACUUCUACCAUAUCGAGAACUGGACGGUUGAACAACACAGCGCAGAGCAUGAUGGCGAAUUAGCAUGGUUGAACAAUCGUGUAGAAGAACUACAGGAUUCCGGGAGAAAAGUCGUCAUCUUCACACAUCACAGUCCAACACGAGAUGAACGGAGCGUAGAGGCACAACACCGCCAGAGCAAAAGGAUCGCCGGGCUCUCUACCGAUCUCAGCGAUCAGCAGUGCUGGCGUAGUAACGACGUAAAACUCUGGGCAUUUGGGCAUACCCAUUACAACUGCGACUAUGUAGACGCGAAGACUAACAAGAGGGUUUACACAAACCAGAAAGGGUACUUCGGCGGUUCUGACGGGUUUGAUGUUAACAGAGUAAUUUGUUUAUGA